AUGGCCCGAGCUGCUAGUAAUCCAUUGAAAGUUGUGGAUGUAUCCUCUUUGGAUCAAUCCACUGCUGAUGAUGUGCUCCAAGGGUUUAGUGAACAAGGUUUCCUAUUUGUUGAUGGACAUGAUUUCACUCAGGAUGAAGUUGAUCAAUUGUUUAAGUUAAGUGCUGAAUUCUUUGAUAUCCCAUUGGAAAAGAAACAAAAAGUUGCUAUUGAUAAACAAGAUUGUGGUUAUACUUCAUUUAAUCAAGAAAGUCUAGAUCCAAAUUCUAAUAAGAAUGGUGAUCCAAAAGAAGCUUUUAAUUUUGGUUCUUUCAAUUUCUUGACAGGUGAUUGUAAUAAAGAUCAAUUACCAAAUAUUUUCCAAUCCAAUGAUAACUAUAAAUUCAUUCAAUCAAUAAUUAAAAAACAAUAUAAGCUAGCUACAAGAAUUUUAGAACUUUUAGCUAUUGGUUUACAAAUUGAUGAACAAGAUGGUGGUAAAGAUUGGUUCACUAAAAGACAUCCACCAAUUGGAAAAUCAACCUCAGCAAUGAGAAUGCUUCAUUAUCCACCUUUAUCUAAAUUAGAUGCAGAAACUGCAAUUAGAGCAGGUGCGCAUACUGAUUAUGGUUCAAUAACAUUAUUAUUACAACAACAAAAUCAAGAAGGUUUAGAAAUUCACACUUCAAAAGAAAAUGGAUGGGAACCAGUUCCAUUUAUACCUUCACCUAAUGAAAAUUAUAUUAAAUUAGGUAAAGCUGCUCCUAUAAUUGUUAAUAUUGCAGAUCAAUUAUCAUUUUGGACUUCUGGUGUACUAAAAUCUACAUUACAUAGAGUUAAAUUACCAAUUAAUGGGAAUGAUAGAUAUUCUAUAGCAUUUUUCUUUGAUGCUGAAUCUUCAACUCGUUUAACUCCAAUUCCAAGUCCUUUAAUACCAAAUUCUAACAAUCCAUCUAAUUUUCAAAAUGAAAAUGAUUAUAUGACUUCUGGUGAAUAUAUGCAGAAAAAAUUCGCUGGUACUUUCAUUUCAGGUCAUUCAUAA